AUGAAACUUAUUCCUUUCGUUUUAGCUUUCAAUCGAGUGUUGCCUAGUAUGAAUCCACAGGAGUUUGGUACUAUGGUUUGGAUGGGACAGCUUGCUUCACCGCUUGAUGAGAACAUAACAAAUUACUACGGACCACCGCCGAUACCAAGCGUUAUGGAAGACAUCACACAACAGACCCAAACUAUGGACAUGAAUCCUGCUGCCAUUAGUUCGCUCAUGAGUGAAUACGGUGGACACUUGACGGCUAUACCCACGCCGUCCGGUUUGGCCGCAGUGCCGAAUGCUGCGGAGGCACUGGCACUGACUAAUCCGGAAUUGUUCAAUAUUCAGCAGCAGCAACAGCAGCAGCAGCAGGUGCAACAUCAUCAGCAACUACUGCAACAACAGCUUGCACUGAGUGGAUAUGGAUUUUUGGACCAAACCGCUGCAAUAGCCGCUGCGAAUAACGUCACAACGCAUGGCGAUACACCACCGACAGCAGCAGGUCUGGCCGGUAUUGGCAUGCGUCUAAUGGACGCGAGUGGGAAGCUUGCGGUCAACAACAGGACACUGGCAUCGACAGGUACUGUAGCUGCAACUUCAUCUCCAGCCUCGGACGAUGAUGGUAAUACUGAAGGACUGGAGGGCCCUGGAGAAGAUGAGGAUCAUGCCGCGUUGGAAAAUUAUGAACAGUAUCAACAGAUGAUCAAUAAUAGCACAGGAAAUGAUUACCUUUCCGUGUCCGGUCAGGACAAUUUGCUACCGUACAAGUUUAUGAACGAUCCAGCUAUGCUGCAGCAUCACUUCCUUGAUUAUGACGUUAUGGCGGAUGCAUCGAACAGCAACAGUAGUAAUAGCAAUAGCCGUUGCAGUCCCGGCACAACGGAAACAAUGGACGUAGACCAUCAGAGUGCCGUAUCGAAUCAAUCGAAUUCACGAUUCCAACAGCAGCAGCAACGGCAGCAAGAAUCACUUGGCAGUGGAGUAUCGUAUCCUGCUACGCUUUACGGCGGCCCAAUGCCGGUUGAGCGAUAUCCCAGUAAAAAGAUUAGACCAGUGAAGCGACCUGGUCUGGUACUGAAAACCCCUAUAGCUUACAAAGGUGACAUAGAUCCGUCGGUGAUUCCUAUACAACGCGAUGGCAUGGCAAUCUGUGAAAAAUGCGGUGCCAUCGGUGUAAAACAUUCGUUCUAUACAAAGCAACGACGGUUUUGUAGUUUGGCAUGUGCUCGCUCAUUCGAAUCACUACGCGUGUACAGUGCACCGUUCCGAACAGGACCUGGAAACAAAGUACCGGGCACGGCAAACGACGACAACAGCAGACAUCUGGCCACGUCCUCGUUGACCGACAACACAUCGUCCUCCAGCAUCGGGUUGCUAUCGACACCACCCGACCAAUUAAUAGACGAUUCGAAUCUGUCCUCGGGGGACGUGGAUAGCAAACGUGUGCCGUUACAGCAACUGCAUCAGCAUCAAGAACAAGUACAAACGAUCGGCUAUCGGUUUAAGAUGUCUGGAACAUCGCAUACUCAGCCGAUAUCUGUCAGUGGCGGAGGUAUCCAUAGCAAUAGUAAUAGUCACGAUGGCAGUAGUAGUGCCACGAAUGGUAUGUUUGGUGGUAAGAUGGUUGGUGGCGCUGGCAUGCUACAAGAACUAUUGCCACAGGAGGAAAUUCCUCAGCUACCAAAGGGGAACCGUUUACCAUCCCCGUGUCCACAGGACGAUCGUAUCAACAGCAUUCGUCGGAAACCGAAUGAGUUUCACAAUUCUUAUGAUUGGACGCAAGCAUUAGCGGAACCAAAGUUUUACGCCGCUCCCGUCACCUGUUUCAAGCACGCGCCCGGUUACGAUAUGUGGCCAAACGUUGUGAUUGGUAUGAAGGUGGAGGUGGAAAACACGGACUGUGAUGUACCGCAGGCCCUAAUUGGAGGAAUACCGCAUAGCUUCUGGGUGGCGACCGUGUUACGCAUUUGUGGUUACAAGGCAUUAUUACGCUACGAAGGUUUCGAUGGCGAUGCUUCGAAGGAUUUCUGGGUUAAUCUAUGCUCGGCCGAAGUUCACCCGGUGGGUUGGUGUGCUACACGCGGCAAACCGCUGAUUCCACCAAAGAGCAUUGAGAAACCGUCCCCGGACUGGAAGGAGUUUCUCGUGGCAAGGCUCUCGAAUGCGCGCACUCUUCCGUCGACAUUCUACAAUAAAAUUAGUGAUAGUUUUAAGUCACGGUUUCGCGUUGGUUUGAAUCUGGAAGUGGUGGAUAAAAAUCGCAUCUCGCAAGUGAAACUAGCGACGAUCAGUAAGAUCAUCGGCAAACGAUUGUACGUACGGUACUACGACAGUUCACCGGAUGAUUAUGGGUUCUGGUGUCACGAGGAUUCACCGCUGAUACAUCCCGUAGGUUGGGCAACGACGGUAGGACACAACUUGGCGGCACCGGAGGAAUACAUGGACAGGAUGAAUGCGGCAAGUGAUCAAAUUUUAGAGCCACACGAAGACGAUGCUACGAUGGACCUGUUUAAAACGAACUUCCAGUUUGAAGAGUAUUGUUACGAUGGAAAACAAACAGGGUUCGAGGAAAACAUGAAGCUGGAAGCUGUCGAUCCACUAAACCUUUCCUCGAUCUGUGUUGCCACCGUGAUGACGGUACUGAAGUUCGGCUACAUCAUGGUACGCAUCGAUUCGUACGAUCCGGACAUUAACGGGGCGGAUUGGUUUUGCUAUCACGAAAAAUCGCCUUGCAUUUUUCCGGUUGGAUUCUGUGCAAAGAACAGUAUAACCCUAACACCACCGAAAGGAUACGAUCACAGUACCUUCACCUGGGAACAAUAUCUGCUGGACACCAAGUGUAAACCGGCGACGGAGGAUAUUUUUCACCGAGACCAAAUACGACAACGUUUUAAGGUUGGAAUGAAAUUGGAAUCUGCUGACCUAAUGGACCCAAGACUGAUCUGUGUUGCAACGAUUGCGCGGGUGGUUGGUCGUUUGCUAAAGGUACACUUUGAUGGUUGGGAAGAUGAGUAUGAUCAGUGGUUGGAUAGUGAAAGUCCCGAUAUAUAUCCUAUUGGCUGGUGUGUGCUUGUCGGUCACAAAUUGGAGGGUCCACGUAUUUUGCCAAAGGUUGUACCGACGCAAAAGAUUUCACCCAAAACGACGAAAAAAGGUAAAAGAAAGAAGAAGCUGAAAAUGGAGCCACCACAAGAUGACGAAAUAAUAGGUUGUACAUAUUAUAUCGAUAAUUUUGCAGCCCAACCAGCGCCCACGACACGAACGGCAAGAAUAAAAAAGGAGCAAGAACACUUUGAGCAGCAGAAACUGUUGUCCGCAAACCCAGGCCAAUUCGACUACAGUUCGCUCGGCCAGAUGGUUCCGACCGAACUGGGCGGUCAGCUAUCGCAACAGUAUUCGAGUGACACUGGCACCCCAUUGCUGAUGGGCAAUCAAAUGCAAAUGCAACAUAAUCAUCAACCUCCGGAGCUGGGCAUUGGAUUGAGUGGUGGGUGCGUCACCAGUGCAUCGACUGCGUUACACACAUUUAUCAAACACGAAACGAACCACGACACAACAACAUCGCUGCUGGGUGGAACAAGUUUGCUCGGACCAAUCUUCGAUCAAUCACCCGGUGGAACCACCAGUGGACCGGCAACCGCUACUGUAGGGCCGGGCAACACGGAUACGGACGAAGUAGAUAUGCGUACGGAGGACGAGGAUGGUGAGUCCAGUUCUGCUACCGGGCUUCCGUCUACAGCACCGUCGUCGGAGAUUGCGGACAACGAGAUAGACAAAACGAUACCUAGACUUAUUCACCACGAUUCAGCAAAUAGUGGCGGAUCACCAGACUCGGUCGGUGGUGGUACGGCCGGUGGUCUCAGUAACUCGAACGGCAGUAACUCCGGUUUGGUCGGCGUAAGUGGCAUACUGAACUCAACGUCCUCCUUCGGUAUGGCAGUUUCGAACAGUGGCCAGAUCAUGCCAGAAAGCUGGGAAGUGAAAGACGUUGCGACUUUUCUUACGAUCAAUGAUUGUGCCGUACAUGCGGAACAGUUUGUGCAGAACGAUAUCGAUGGCAAACGUUUGCUGCAGCUCAGUAAGGACGAUAUUAUUACGUUGCUAAAUCUGAAGGUAGGCCCGGCGCUAAAAAUUUUCGAUCUCAUUCAGCAACUAAAGUGUAAAAUCGAUCCGACCAAAUUGCGCCACCUUUCUAAAGGGACCGGCAAAAAGUUUCUCUAG